CCUGCGCUGUGGGGGUCUCCGCAGGUGGGGUGUCCAUGUUCCGGUGGCUGGAGGUGCUGGAGAAGGAGUUCGACAAGGCUUUCGUGGAUGUGGAUCUGCUCCUGGGCGAGAUCGACCCGGACCAGGCGGACAUCACCUACGAGGGGCGGCAGAAGAUGACCAGCCUGAGCUCCUGCUUCGCGCAGCUUUGCCACAAAGUCCAGACUGUGUCCCAGAUCAACCACAAGCUAGAGGCACAGUUGGUGGAUCUGAAAUCUGAACUGACAGAGACCCAAGCAGAGAAAGCCGUACUGGAGAAAGAAGUACACGAUCAGCUUUUACAAUUGCACUCUGUUCAGCUUCAGCUUCAUGCUAAGACUGGUCAAAGCGUCGACUCUGGUACCAUUAAAGCAAAACUGGAGAGAGAGCUUGAAGCAAACAAAAAAGAAAAAAUGAAAGAAGCUCAACUUGAAGCUGAAGUGAAGUUGCUAAGAAAAGAGAAUGAAGCCCUUCGUAGACAUAUAGCUGUUCUCCAGGCUGAAGUUUAUGGGGCAAGACUGGCUGCCAAGUACUUAGACAAGGAACUGGCAGGAAGGGUCCAACAAAUACAGUUAUUAGGACGAGAUAUGAAGGGACCUGCUCAUGAUAAGCUUUGGAACCAGUUGGAAGCUGAAAUACAUUUGCAUCGUCACAAAACUGUCAUCAGAGCCUGCAGAGGACGUAAUGACCUGAAACGACCGAUGCAGGCACCACCAGGCCACGAUCAAGACUCUUUAAAGAAAAGCCAAGGUGUUGGUCCAAUUAGAAAAGUUCUCCUCCUUAAGGAAGAUUAUGAAGGCCUUGGCAUUUCAAUUACAGGUGGGAAAGAGCAUGGUGUUCCAAUCCUCAUUUCUGAGAUCCAGCCAGGGCAACCUGCUGAUAGAUGUGGAGGGCUACACGUUGGAGAUGCCAUUUUGGCUGUUAAUGGAGUUAAUUUAAGAGAUACAAAGCAUAAAGAAGCUGUAACCAUUCUUUCCCAGCAGAGAGGAGAGAUUGAAUUUGAAGUAGUUUAUGUGGCUCCUGAAGUGGAUUCUGAUGAUGAAAAUGUAGAGUAUGAAGACGAGAGUGGACAUCGUUACCGCUUAUACCUUGAUGAGUUAGAGGGAGGUAGUAAUCCUGGUGCUGGCUGCAAAGACACAGGCGGGGAAAUCAAAGUGUUACAAGGAUUUAAUAAGAAGGCAGUAACUGAUGGACAUGAAAAUGGAGACCUGGGAACUUCGAGUGAAACUCCACUAGAAGACAGUGCUUCUAAAUUAGAUGAUCUGCACAGUCUGUAUCAAAGAAAGUCUUGUUAAAUUGACUGUAUCCCCAGACAAGAUUGUAAAAUCAGACUAUUCUGAACUUAGGGCAGUAGGGAAGAUGGUGACAAAGACUAUACAAUACAAGCUCAAGGGAGGCCGUUUGUUGCCUAAAUGAAAGGCGGGUACCUCAGGGCUUCAUGCGAACAAUUCUGAACGCCUGACUCCCUGUUUCUGUGGUAUAUCAUAAUUGGCUAUUGCAUGUAAAGCAAUUUUGAUUUUCUUAAAAAGUUGUAAAGCACCAAAGCAUGUAUUGCCCAAAGGGAUAUUACUGGGCUCUUAAGUACCAAAUAAAGCACUACUGUUUUAUUUGGUUCCUUUCCCACUUAGUAGAAGGAUAGUGCUGACCAGUAUUUUAUAAGAAAUAGCCUUUAAAAAAAAGAGAAUAAAUGAAUUCAUGUUAUAUAUUCCAGAAUGUCAAGUGUGGUGUUUCACAGGACAGAACUUGACUCAGUGAAUUGCAGAAAUGUAGGCUAUACUUAAUUGUCUUUUAACUGAAAGAAUGGUUUUAGGUGUUUUUUAAUUUAUUUUGCAUCCUGGUAUCUAAAUCAGUUCUUGAUGAUCAUUUAUGGUGAUGAGUUUGCCGUUCCGCUUUGCAGUACAAAAUGGUUUUCUUAAAGCAAUCCUUAUCAAUCAGUGCUGCACUAGAAAUAGUUUCUGUAGUGACUGUACAUUGUACCUUUCCGAUUUUUAAAAGAAAUGCAGAUAAGUGUAAAAUACCUGUUCCCAAUUAUGUUGAUCUCUGUGCAUGGUAUUGGAGCAUUACGUUAUUACUGUGUAGUCUCAAAUGCUUUUUUUCUGGGGUCUACAAAAAAUUCAUAAAGUUUGUCUUGCUAUGAUAGUUCUGGCACUUAGAGAUACAUUUUUCUGUUAGUAAAAGCUCAAAUUUAUUACCAUGUCAACGAAAUACUUGGCAUUCAAACAGCAGUUUCCCCUCAGAGUAACUCAUUUGCCAGUCACCUAAAAGGCUGAGGUACUGGUGGGAAAGAUAAGGUGAAGACGUUUUCAUGCAGCAAGUGUUCUAGCUCGCUUUUCACCUCAGUGGAUGUUUGAUUAAAGUGCUUUUCAGAUGCAGACUACAGAUAUGCUGGUUUUCUUAUCCCAGGAUUAAGCAUGGAGUACCUGCUCUUUCAUUUACUGUUCCGUAGGCCACUGUACCUUGGGGAAAUGAAAAUAUUACAUUUAAAGAGGUGAUAGUUUUGCCAGUAUCACUGUUUUAAGGAUAUACAUUUAAAGGACUAUUAAGUGGGGGGACAGCCUGCCAGGCUCUUAGAGUAUUAUCAGUUCUUCAUUUCUAACAAUCAGAUGUUAUGUGAUAUAACACAUUUUCUUGUCUUUCCUAGAUGCACUAUAUAUUUGUUCAUAGGUAACUCUAUAAAGUGUAUAUACUUUAUUGGUGGUUUUGCUAUUUAUAAAUUUUGUUUUAACUAUUGCUCAUUUAUGGUUUGUUUUGGUGGUUUUGUUCAUCUGUAUAUCUCCAUGUUCAUUUGUAAUAGAAAUGCACUUCAUGGUAUAUAUUGUUACUGAUAUUAAAAUACCUUGUAGGGUAAAGUUGCCUCCAAGCAAAAGCUAGUAUUUAAUUGCACAAUGGAAUAAGCAAGCUACAUGUUGUUUGCUCCUGACAUGCUAGGCUAGGCCUCUUAAAAGAAAAAAAUGCUUUUUCCUUCUGCAUCCCCCUCUGCUGCAAACACAUAGCCCCAUGCAUGACUUGAGAUCUGCACGUUGGAGUUUAGCCAGUGUACUCAUGUAGUCAAGGACAUUUACAUUGUAGCAAAUCUGAAAACUUGUUACUCGAAACCAUGUUAUUUUUAUUUUUUUAAAACACAGUCUGUAGUGGACAGCCAUGGUAUUUUUUUUUUCUUUUUUUUUUUUUUUUUUUUUCAGAGAAUACCUGUGACUGAAUUCUUAGGAAAUACUAGCUAAAACUUUUUGAUUUUCAAAGACUACCUGAUAAGUCAGUGAGAAUUUUGUUAGAGCCUUCCAUUGGCAUAUCUAUAAGGAUGCUGUGCAAUAUAAAGGACUGUGAGAGAGGGUUAUGAUGUAACUCCUUUCAAGGGCUAACGAGCAGGAUGGACAUUUUUCCGAGUGGUUUAAAAUUUAAAAUGGCAUGGGUCAGCUCCCUUUUCAUUCCUGCUGCACCUGGUUGCAAGCCUACUUUAGAGCACUGUUGCUCACAUGCUACUGUGAGCUUCCUGACAGAUGUUUAGAAACUACGCAGUUAUAAGUUCAUUUUAGAAAUACGGUCUUUGGGGGAUAGAUUAAGAGUUACAGACUUUUUCCAAAGGGCUGAAUGAGAAGCAGUUUUUUAUUUUCACAUGGACAGGAAAGAAACUCAUGAUGCUUAAGUUUCUAGGCAAAGUCAAACAUAAGGAGAGAACCGCUGCAAAAAGAAAAAGGGCACAAACAGAAUAGCCGAGAAAGAAUCUUCAGCAGUGUGAGGGUUGUGUGUAUACAGUUGCCUUUCAGCCUCUAAACUCUCUCCUACAGGAGCUGUUAGGAGUAUGAUGGAAGGACAUUUAGGUCAUUACACGUGGUAAAAUAGAUUUAUGAGAGAUGACAGUUUACAAGUCUUGGUGAUUAAAACUUAACAGCUGUCAAAAGUUAGCAGUUUGUCUUGGUGCUGGUUUUAUUUCCCCCCCAGUGAACUUACUUUGUCUUUAUGUUUAGAAACAACAUGUAUGUAUUCAUGCCUCACUUGCACAUUGACACCCUUAUGGUAAUUAUAAGUGACACCCUAUUCCACCUGUCCAGUCUUCCACUUAGGCUCGGCCUCAGAUGUAUAGGGUUUAUGACAAAUGGAAUAUAUCUAGUUAAGUUGAGUUUAAUAUUUUUUUAUUAGCCUGUAAAUAAAGAUGGCAUCUUCUACAUUAAAAAUGGCAUUGAUCUCAAUUUCUUUUAAAUGAAUUUUGUUUCUUACACAUUAAAUAUUUUGGUUUAUUAUAUAUUUCUAAUAGCUUCUAUUAUUUGUACCAACAAGUCAUAAAGUACAUGCAAAGGCUGAACCUAGUUACUGUAGCAGAACUUUUUUUUUUUUUUUGGUGGAAAUUAUCUUGUUUGGUGUUAGGAGCUGUUUAAUCUGAGUUAGUUAAAAGUAUGUUGGUUGGAAGGAACUGCCAGAGCAACUGUGGUACUGGCUUCUGUUGGAAUUUAGCAGGUGGCAAAACUCUAGUCUUCUUGGGUUGGUUUUGUAUUACAAAUACUGAUAGCCAGAGUUAUCUAUGAGGAUAACAUUGAUAAAAAUUAGAAAGCCAGCCCUACUAGAUAGUAUGUAAGAGGAUAUUCUUCCAUUUUAUCACCUAAAUAUGUAUAAUUUGGAAGUUCCCAAAUUGUGUGUAAAAUAAUUUUUUAAAACAUCUGUAAACAUUGCUCAGAUGUGUGGGUUUUUUUUCUCAGAAGGAUUACUUGUUAUGAACAUUUAGAAAUACUUUUUUGUCUUGGACUAACCUUGAUUUAGUGCCAUUGUGAUAAUGCUUUCUAUGUAUCAGUUUAAGCUCCCAAUCAAACAAGUAAUUUGGAAAAGUUUCCCUAGAGCAAUGUCACAUAGGGUAUUUAUAUUUAUGAAAAGAUUAUUUGUAUUUUCAUUGUUAAUCACCGUUCUAUUUUAGGUGGUUUUAUAACUUUUUUUUUUUUAACUAAAAGGUAAUUGCAAAUGACCAUGUGUUGUUGGUGCUAAAUACUUGUUUGAUAAUAAGUCUUUUUCAGGUGUAUUUUGAAAGUUAUGAUCACUGUUGUGGCAGCCACAAGAAUGCAUCUGUCAUCUCCACCAGGAAAGGAGCAUGCUGGACUGAAGGACCCCCCAGCUCUGCACUCUGAAAUCUAUUGCUGCGUUAACAUGAGGCUCUACUUCUCACACCCUGCUCCAGCCACUGACUGGUGUUCAGAGGGAGCCUAUGACAUCUUGACUUUGGCUUGAGGACUCCCUGACAGUCUUGCUAGACUCCCUUAGCAUUACAGUAUACUUUCAGUUGCUUUCACCCAUCCUUCCUCCUUUCAUUCACCUGGUGUCGUAUCUGCAUCGGGGUCCGGUUGUCCCUCAUGCUCCGAACAACCCCAGCUCCCUCCUGAUUUUUCCUCACCAGCGUUGUCCCUAUUUAGCCCACUACACAGCUGACCCUUCCUCGGUCUUGGUGUCUGCUUCUAGUAGGACUCAGGCUAGCACAGUGGACCAGGAGUGAGAUCUGAGGAAACAGGCUAAUAGGAGAUUAGGAGCUGGCUCAUCUCCCACCCGAAGGGUAAAGACGAUGACAUCCUGGUCUGUAAGUGGGAUACAUCUAUGCAGUCUUUGGCACAACGUCAUGGCCCAGCUACGAAAUACUUCACAGAUGGUGUGCAGAAAAGUUAACAUCGCAGGCCUGAACCUGGUUGCAAGGUCGCCCUUGGCUAAUGUCCAGCAAUGAGAAUUUCAGGAGUGUUUCCCCCCAUUUCCUAACUGAUAAGAGUUGUUUACUGAGCCUGAGAUGUUUGUACAAACCAUAGGGCAUAUGUUGAACACCUGUUUUCCUUCUGGGAAUCUGAAAUUUUGGUAGGUGCCAGGCAGAGUGCAUCCACGUGACUGAGCCUGAUAAAACCCUGGCCUCCUAUGCCCACGCCCAGGCUGGAGCAAGCUUCCGUGAUGGACAGUACUUUAUACAUUUUACACAUCAUUACCAGGGAUUGAAGCUCAUCCUGUGUGACUCCACUGGGACAAGACUCAGAGCUUUGCCUGGUUUCCUCGGGUUGGUUCAUGUGCCUUUUCCCUUGGCUGAUUCUGUUCGAUGUUCUUUAAUAAAUCAUGGUUGUGAAUACA